GAGGGGAAAACCAUCAGGUUAAUUUCGCGUGUUUUUUACUCUUCAGCGUCAUUGAACGCGUCCUGCAUCAACCACCGGAUAACAAUAUUUGUACCACGGGGUUUAUCUGGCGCACAUUGAAGACAUGUACAUCUGGGAGGGGCAUCAUUGCUGUGACGGUGUGGAGUCGGUUCCCUGUGUGAGAUAGAGGAUUUUCGUGAACGCUUUCUUCUCUCUGAAAAGGAGGUCUUCUGAGAUGCGCAGGGCUCCGGCACAUCGGAGGUCGCGGGGCUGCUGUUGAAUUACAAUUGGGAUACGCGGCCACCAUGAACGAGGGGCUUUUUGUGUUUUACCAAUUAAAGCGCGUUUGAUGAUGAGCUGAAUUUUUUCCUGGAGGAUCUUUUAUUCCCGCUGUCCUGUGAAGGAUGUUUUUUUCUCGGCUUGGUUUUGCAACAGAGGACUAUAGAGACCUUUGAAGGCAUCGGUCAUGCUCUGUGGUAAGGGGGGUUUCUGCUGUAUGAUGUCCUUCUCAUCCUAACUGGGCGUUUUGAUGAAUAGCUGACAAUACAACCUUAAUUCUCUGAUCUGAUAUGAAUGCUCGGCCUGCAGACCAGAGUACGGGACGAUAUUUGCUUUUGCAUGAACCACGACGUGCAUCGACCUUAUCGUAAUGGCACGGUGCCUCUAGUCAGACAGAAACGCGCCUGCUAUAUGAUGUUGCUUUCAUUAAUUAGUCCACUGUGUUUCCUUCUGAGUCGGCACUGCCGUCUGCAAAGACUAUGCAGUUGAAGGAUGGCUGCUGUUGCAGGAUCAGUAGCCCGGCUUCAUGUGUUCACACAUGUUUUAUGUUGUACACGCAGAGCAAGACUAAACGACUGUAAAUAAAAAGGACUGCAUGACAUGAAAUCCAAUAUGUCUCUUUCAACGAUGCUUGCGUUGUAUUCUGUAUUAGAGACAGCGUGGGGAAACAGUUUGGGUGGCAACGAGUGAUAUUGUAUGUAGACUGCGUGGAUUCAAAGGGACUGUUUUCAAUGAGAAAUAUUUAUCCAAUACUCCCUGAGAAUGCAUAACUUCCAAUACUGCAUUGUUAUGGGCCAUUCAAUAGGCAGAAGCACGCUGCAACUGUUGUCUGCUGGGCCUUAUUGAUUUCACUGCUCUCAUACAUAAAUACCACUUGUUCUCUUGCAGCAGUUAAGCCCUAUUAUUAACAGAUUCCUGAGCAAGGGUGGCUGUCUGGAUCUGACAAAACUCAGACAAAUCGUUUUGUGUGGGUCAGUCAGUGCCUUCAGGGUGAUUCACCACUGGUCCACCCUUUGGUGAGCCUGGGAAACACCUCUGUUUUCAUAAAAAGGAUUUUCCACUGCUGUCAAGCAUUUUAGACCGCAUUGUUCCAACGUUGGGUCUUUGAAAUCUUGGACAGUCAAGCAAACCCAUGCAGGUUUGAUCAAAAAGUUUGACUGCAGGGAGAGUUUGACACAUGUUGGUGUUUGUUGUCUCUCCUUUAAGUUUGCUUUUAUAUUUAAAGGGGUUGCACUGCGCCCUGCCAUCCCUGUAGAGCUUUCAUGCUACUUUUGGUGUCACGAUUGAAACAGCCAGGAAUUGGAUCAUGACCCAGAUUGGUGAAAACACAAUAGUAUUCGUUUGCCCUUUUGUUUCAUCAAGGUGACACUGCUCUCUUUCUUAGACUCUAAAGACACAGGUUGACAUGUUUUCAGCAUCUGGUUCAAGAGUUUAUUAUGAUGCAUGAAGGUGGAGGAAUAGUUACACACUCCCCCACUACCUGUAAUUUUGGACAGAUUUGAACUACCAAAAGAAACAAAUAGAAAUAAUGCUCUGUCCAGAGUCUGAAUUCUUGAUGUGUACACAGGAAAUAUGCUGAAAAUAUGCUACAGAUAUUUAACCCACAAAAGACUCAAACCAGACUACUAUUUAUGUACAGUCAUAGAUGUGGUGUGCGGCUGUGGCUGCACAUCUUAGGCAGCUUAGAGCUUCCUCCAAAUCCAAACAAGGUGGAUUACUGCAACAUUGGAACAUAAAAUGAGAUUUCACUUCAUACUGUACAGAAUUCCCUCCAGGUGUUACAGAGCAAAGGGGAAAUGUAUAGGAAUAAUCCCCUCAGACUCUGGAGCCACAUUCCUUUCUUUAUUACUCCCCCCACCUCAGUUUAGCCGAAUCCAGGUGGAUGGCAAUCACUUAGAUGGCUUUGUUUCACCCGCAGUAGUCGUGUCAAAUGUGCAAAGGUGAGCGUCAAGGCCAGAGAAGAGAAAUGUCGAGCCGCACGAUUGGUCGGUCUGUGCUAAGCUGCCACACUGUGUGCUGAUAAGUGUGUUAUAAAUCAGUAUUUCAUGGAUACGGAGCGCACAAGAGAAGAUCAUAUUAAUACAGGAGGGACGAGGAAGGUCAGCUGACCCUUUAUAAGCCUUUUACAGUUCCAUGGUUGCGGUUGGUCAGGUGGGGGUAGUUAAGUAAAUCUUCUGCCUUGGAUCCAAUGUUUUUCUGACCCUGACUGAUCCAACUGUCCCGCAAAAGGCUGAACAGCAUCUUUCCUUUUUUCUUGAGGUUAAAACAAACAAUAACAUGCUGACAUUUCUAUACCUCCUCUCCUUCAGCAGAACUCACCGAAAGGGUUAGAAAUGUAAUGCAGAAUGGCAGCUAAAGGGUACAGGUGAAGGUCUUGUUAUUCUUCUAUUAAACGGACAUUGUGAGGUUCAGAGGAGAAUGCCAUUUUGUGAUAGUAGUAUUUGAUACAGAUAUUUCAGAUCUACAAAGCAUUGUUGCGUUGUAAUUUUAAUUCUUUAGAAAGUGCUUCCAGACUUUUACACAACUCAGACAGGAGCUGUAAAGUUGUAACCCUGCUGUGCUUACUAUGUGUAUGCUCACAACAGCAGCUGUGUCAACACCAACAGUCAACAUGAGGGCUGCUGGCCUCACCUGUCUGUGGAAAGUGGGAGGUGACACUACAGCUGUUCUUUUACAUCUCAGCUGCUCUCUCUUGCCAGGCAAAAGACACUGACACACAUAUUGAGCAUUUACGACCGCAUGCAACAGAUGUGAGGUAGCUGCAUGUUGCGACAGAAUACAAAGCUAGGCUGCAUGUAAGUUGCAUGAAAAUAUCCGCCGCUUACAACAACAAGCAGAAUCCUGGGACUCUUGGGUCUGAUAAAAGCUGACAGCAGAGCGUGAAUCUCUUUAAGAGCUUGGAAGCAACAUGUUUUUCCAGGGACAAGAAAGCAGCAUAUAAAGCUGGUGCCUGCAGUUAUUAAGCUGUGCUGUGAAUGUUACUGUCUAAUACAGAUGAGUCGUUUGCCGAAGACGGAUAAGUACCAUUCUUCGUGUACUGACACAGUAGGAUCCAACCUACCUUGCAGAUUCAGCGUUGCCUGCUGGACAUGAAUACUAAACUCCGUUCUGAUUUGCAUUCGAGGAUGCACGCCGCACAGGGGCAGUUCACUACCAUCACACAGCUCAUGUUUUAAACAACACGGCUCCUGUAGUGCUAUCUAUACUACGAUCCCCCUCAUCCCCCUUGUGCAUGCUAAGUCAACAUGUGUUUUAUGAUGUAGUUGCAGCCGUAUCUCUUGCACUCAUUUCUCUUCUUCGAUGCAGCUCUGUGACUGUGCUUAUCUGAUUCUUGGUUGUAUGCAGGCUUCUGUCUGGAAUGUGACACCGUCUCAAAUUGCUGUACCUGUAUGUCUAUACACAUCUGAACUCCAGAUGUUUUAGAAGCCAAAGCUUAACUUUCACCCAUGGAAUGGCUGACCUUCUUAGGUGUAUCAUUUGUCAGAUGGAGACCUGUUGCUGCUAAUAUUCACUUUUAUCUCUUGAAGGGAUAUUCCGGCGUGAAAUUAAUUUAGGGUCAAACACCGUAACACCUAGUUAGACACCCCCUCGAGAGAUGAAUGUUGCCGACUGCUUGCUUCUCUAGUUAUACCAACUUUAGUAACGACCGCACAAUUGCUAUACACAGCGGUCUGAGGAGCCAUAAACAAACCUCAACCAAAACGCCACUCUAUAGCCACAAAUAAUGCUCAGAACAGCACCUAACUUCAUCAACAGUACAUAUAGGGUCCCAGCCAUAGCACUAGCCACCAAACAUCUUUUUAACUUUGCCUAAUUUCUUUAGCAAGGGGACUAAACACAACUCACCUACUCUCUUCCAGUAGCCGCUUGUUUGUAGCGAGACCUCAGGCCAGUCCAUUAUGGAAUACAGUGGGGUGACGCAGCUCAAGGAAGAACAUUUAUGAUCAUUUCUUUAUCAUUUCCUCAAAGUAAUAAUCACCAUAUUAAUCGUUUUGCACUGCAGACGCGGUAGUUCUUCUGCCUUAGCGUCUCGGUCUAAUUGCAUUUCCAAAAGGUAAUAAUCAUUAAUGUUCUUGCUUGAGCAGCGUCACCCUGCUGUAGUCUGUAAUAUACUGGCCCAAGGUCUCGCUACAAACAAGCAGCUGCUGGAAGAGAGUAGGUAAGUUGUGUUUAGUCUCUUUGCUAAAGAAAUCUGGCAAAGUUAAAAGGUGUUUGAUGGCUAGUACUACGGCUGGGACCCUAUACAUACUGUUGAUGAAGUUAGGUGCUGUUCUGAGCAUUAUUUGUGGCUUUAGAGUGGCGUUUUGUUUGAGGUUUGUGUAUGGCUCCUCAGACUGUUGUGUAUUGCUAUCCUGCCUCGUUACAAAAGUUAGUAUAACUAGAGAAGCAAGCGGUCGGCAACAUUCAUCUCUCGAGGGGGUGUCUAACUUGGUGUUUGACCUCAAAUGAAUUUUUCAUCAGAAUAUCCCUUUAAUGGGUCUUUGUCUGAGACAGAACUCUACAUUCGGUUACACUUGAGUAAGAGUGAAGUGGAACCUGGUGCUUAUCCUUUGUUGAAAAACAUGCAAUUAUGAGAUGAUGGUAAAUGUUAAAGCAUAGAGUGUAAUACACAUUAGGUGUCAUGUUGAGCAGUAUGCUGUUGUGCAUAGCUCACUGGAUGCAAACCCAGCUGUUUUCAUUGACCUCUCUUCUUUGUAGACACCUGGAAAUACUGACAGCAGCAUAUCUGUACACAUAAUGUUCAGAAUCCACAUGUGGCCUGCUUUGAAGAGAUGUUUGUCUGAUCUCUCUCUCACUGUAAAAGUUACACAGUGAUGCUUUCAAAGUCUCUCUACAGAGGUAAGUAGUGACAGUACUGAUGAAAGGAAACCUGCAGCACAGGAACCCGAAAGUUGUUUCAAUCUCAAAGGGACAAAAUGCAAAUUUUGGUGAUGGUGGAUAACACUUGGUCUCUAAGCACAUGUUUUGGUUACAGUUACAAGCCAGUCCCUAGAGACAAGGCAGCCUUUUGGCUCCAUUAUUCAGCUGCCCAGUGACCAUCCACAUAAAAAGCAGAGGCCUCUGUUGUCCCAUGACUUUCUCUCGCUCUCUCGCUCUGUAAAUUUGUCUGUUCAGCCCUGCAUGAACAUUUGCAGGUGAAACUUAUUCUGAGUAUAUUAAAUCAACUUAGAAUCGAAUUAUCGCGGCCUCGUUUUUGUGCAACAGGGUUCAUGUGAUGAGCUUUUGUCUGAGCGGCAGUCGUAACUCCCCCACUUGUUUGUGUGAAAGGCUCCUACUAGUCUGUCAAUGGGAGGUCAAGCAUGCUGUGGGUUUUCACACGUACGGUAGCAAACAGCAGUUACUGGUCCAGUUCCAAGACAGGAGAAAACUGGGAACAAGCAUUUCAAGUAUGUCCUCACAAGAAGUAAGCCUUUUCUUUCUGUUGUUUGAGUGAGGGAAACAGAACACUCUGUCUUCCUGACCCGAGGAAAAAGUGGUGCAUUUGAGCGCAGAGCUUUGAGACAGCUGCUGAGUUACUGAUAGAUAAAUGUUUCCUUUUGAAAGAUGCGAUGCUGGCAGAUGAAGCCUUUGGAAGGGUAGUCUUUGAUUCAGUCCUUGAGGGCUUCCGUCUAGAUUUGUGGGUUGAAUGGAGUCGAUUUAUGAUAUACUCGACUGGCAGGAUCCUUGUUUAUGGCAGCGAUUUGUGAGCAGCAUUGAGUGAGAAGCUUUUGGCAGAAAAACCAAUUGCUAUUUUUGGAUGUCAAGUCUCUAUUGGGUAUUAGGAGGGAGGCUUUGUUAAUAAUGAACCUCCAUUGUCUGUGGAGAAGUGCAGAAGAAACACUGCUCAUUUGUGUCAGCUCAGCGAUGGCGCCAGUUCUUGUUUCUUUUUCAUCAUUAAGGUCUUGUCCAAUUAAAAGAAAUGUAUUAUUUUCUGUCUAAACAGAACUGUGUCAGAUACAAAGAAGCUAUAAACUUUAAAGCAAGUGAUUUCGUGAAAAGUGUGUCACAUGUAAAAUCUAUUCAUGACUGCAUCAAGGGGGAAACUCCUCUGAACCUUGUUUUUUUUUAUAUACACUCUCUUAUUUAUUCCAUCACUUUGCUCCUGGCUCUCCUCCUCUGGCUCCCUCUCAUUUGUAACAGCAGCUAUUGAGCUACUGAGACAGAAAGCACACAGGGAUUAAGUUUCUCCCCUUCGCUUCUGUCCAUACAUUAUUAAUGUGACUUUCCUGUUUCUCUUUUUUCUACUCCUUUCAAAUUAAUUGGUUGCUAAUUGAAUCCCAGAGCUAAUUUUAGGCUGGCGCUCAUAUCCAGAAGGCCUGAAGCCUGUUUUUUACUGUUAUUGAACUUUUAGCAUUUUCUGAUGUCCCAUAAAACGGCUUCAGAGCUAUUCUUCUGUUAUGACUUAAGAUUUUGUCAAACCUGUUUUUCAAUGCUGUUUUUAAAAUCGAAACUGUUUUCACUCUAAUAUAUGGUUUAACUGCUUACAGCGUAACAGGUUGAAUUUCACCUCCACCUUGUGGUCAUACUUAUAACUCCUUUCUCUCGGCUGGUUUAAUGAUAAUCUUUUUUAUUCCUUUCAAGGGUUCAGCUUUAGACAUCUGGACAGAGGUGCAGUGCUCCCCCUGAUGGUACCUGGUGUAAUCUGAUCGAGGAAACACCCAUGCUUCUCUACUGUAAGAAAUGCAACCAUUGACUCUCCAGCUCAAGAAAACAGAUGGCUGAUACUGCAAGGUAAGAGAGAGGAGAGCCAUGACAAAUGUGUUGACCAAUUCCAGCAGAGGUUAAAUCUAAUUAACUUUUUUCCUCAGGUCAGGCCGGGGCAGGGAGUGUGAGUUGUAAAGUUCUCACGUUGACAUCACAUGGAGGUCAAAGGACAUCUGAUCACAUCCAUGGGUUUAGGGGCUCCUGGUGAGUAAUAAUGGCUUCAGUGACUCACAGCAUGAAGAUGGACUCUCUUGUCCGGACAAGCCUGAAAUGGCCUGCCAAAUCUGUCAGCUCUCGCCUUUCUUUCUCACAGUUUAACAGAGGGAAAACAAAAGUGUUUUCAUGGGACUAGCCAGCUGAAAAAACAGUUGUAAGUGUGAAGGCCUUUUGUUCAUGAACUGUCACCGCAGCUGCCAGAUAAUCUUAUCAGGUGUCUGAGAAACUGAUACCAUACGGUAUAUCAUUUGAAGCAGACACCAAACAGUUUUGACUAAACUAUCAACACUUUCUACGUCUGACUUCAAGUAAACUACGAUGAUCAUAACAAGGGUUUAAAGUUACAUGAACCCAGUGCACUGAUGUACUCUCUGAAGCUGUUUAAGUAAGCUUAAUUGAACAGAAGAAUGAGAUGUACAGAGAGAAUUCAGCUUUAGAUACACUGAAGAACUUGUAAGUGGCCUUUACUGCAUUUUAUGUUUCAGUCUUUGCAGUAGAUCUGUUGACCAUUAAAUCCACUAUAAUGCAAGCCCUCAACUUUAUAUCAGUCUUUUUGAGAUGCAUGUGCUGUGCUGUGUAGAUGGUCAAGGCUGCCAGGACAGCAAGCUCCAGGCUGAGAGGAUUGCGGCUCUGCAAGAGAGAAAGCAGGCCCUGGAGACUCUCCUCAAAACCAGAGUGGGAGAGCUCAGACAAGUCUGUCUGCAGGAAGCAGUGAGUAGCUUUGACUUGACUUUGGAGACAAACCUGAUUGGGGUUGCAUUUCAAACUGUUUUGAUUGAACAGUGGUGUGCUGUUUUGUCUAUUUAUUGUGUUUGUACUGCAGAGACUGCACCAUCCUGUUUAGUUUUGGAGGUAAAUAAGGGUAGAAACACAAUAAUUUCUGGUCUGUUUAUUCCAGUGCAGCAGAGUAUCUAAAGAGUGUCUCUUUUUUGGGGCUUAGCGUUAUCUGUUAAGUGGUGUCAGUUUAUAUAACCCAUGGGAGCACACAUCCACACUUCAUCUCACGCUGUGGGGAGAAAGAUUUUAGUUAGUGGAGGCUAAUGAAUGUCCUCUGCAGGAGCUGACUGGUAAAUUGCCACGUUCUUUCCCCCUGGAAACCGGAGAGAAACCCCCGCUGGUGCAGCGCAGAGCUGGCCUGCCGCCCAACACCAAAGCAGAGGUAAGUCAACACCUUGAAUAUCAAUUGUGUGUACGCAGCAGCUGUAGUUCUUUGUGUACUCAUGGUGUAACACGUCUGUGUUUGCAGGAUGAAGCUGCCCAAAAGAAACAGAUGAAAGCCAUCUUCACAGGUGCUCUGUACAGACACUCAGAAUCAGACCGAAAUGUACCAAAUAGCAAAAGGACGGUUCAUCGGGGUUGUCACACAGGUACUAUUUAUUUAUAUUUAGCAUGAUUUAUUUGUUGUGAGUAUCAUUUAUUUAUUUACUCAUUUAUUUAUAUUUUUGGUUUAUUUGUUUGGGACAUAUAUACAGACAAACUGAGGACAGCCAUCUAAUGCACAAGUUUCACAGUGUUUAUUGCUGCAGAGCUGCUGAUUUGCAACGCUUGUCCCUGGAAGGGUUUUUGUCAGAAUAAAAUAUUAAAACAGCAGGUUUAAAGGAGGAAAAAGAGAAGGUACAACAUGAAACAAUAAACACACUUUUAACAGAGUCAUAGCUACAGAAAAUCAGACAUGAGUACAGGCUUGUUGGUGAAUUGACCAGGAUUUGUGAGCUCCUAAUAGUGAAGUUUACAGUAAGUUUUUUAAGUGAUCAGGAUGUAGCCACAGAUCACCACUGAAAGCUGCUCUGGUGGAUAUGCUGCAGCUGAAAUGCAUUUGAAACACAAUUCCCCUGUAAACAAAACCAAUGAAAAAUCUAAACCAAAGCAUAUCUUAACAGUCAUAGUACUUUUUUGCUUUAUAUUUAGUGAGCUAAUCGAUGAUAUCAAAAUUCACCCGUCUUUACCUGUGUCUUGAAUGUUUUGUCUUUCAGAGGACACAGUCAUGUCUGAGAGUACAAGCUCCAUGUCCGAUUCCACAUCCCACGACAACGGUGAGUCAAUCGAAUGCAAUCUGUCUUUAAACAGCUUUCUCUGUCUCUGUUGAGUACUGUAUGUACAAAUUCCAAACAGGACACAGUAGUAAGCACAAAGCUAGCAGAGUAAGCAUUAUCUCUGUUUUUCUGACAGCGCACAAGAUCUGGCCAUGCACCUGGAUUUUAACUGCAGCUAGGACGACAUGCAUUGCUUGUUUUGCUUUUAAUGAAAAAUGAUCAGAGUUUGUCAUAAUCUUGAUUCAUUAAUAGUUAUCUUCUUUGUUUUCUUUCACCCAAAAGAGUCGUCUCCCAGUGUGGCUGCUGACCAGCGCUCUCUGUCACAGCCUCGGCUCACUGUCGGCAGCCCUGACCACAGGAUCAGCAGGAAGCUGUCUCCAGUCGAGAUUUACUAUGAGAUGAGAACACGCCGCAACUCUGUCACAAGCUCUGUCAGGUACUUCCGUCAGGUCCACUCUAUACACGGAGCUGCGCCUCAAACUGCACACAUGCUAUGAAAACGAUGAGUGUUAAACGUAUCUACGUCUUGUGUGGCUUUCUUUCAGCCCUACUCACUCUUUACCAAGAAGUGCAUCCAAUGUUGAAGGCAGAAGUGUCCCAGCUACACCUCUUUUGGCCCGAACUGCUCCAAUCAGUGUUCACGUCAGGUAAUGUGUGAAACAGAGCUGCCUCUGUCUGAUGCAAUCCAGCUACAACUCCUUCCUACUGUAAUAACUCAGACUGUAUAUAGAGUGGACGCCGUCUGCCUCCUCGCUGGGUGAAGCCACUCAGAGAACAGCACCCUCUGGUGGCAGGCUGCAGUAUAGGUCAUAAAUCCUGCCUCCUCCAGCAAUCCCUAUGGAGCUGUGGACAGCCUAUGGUCAUACGAAGAUUGCAUAGCUCACCCGGGGGAUACGCUGUUUGAAUCGAGCGUCAUCACAGCGGCUCUUGGCGACAUGCUCGCCGAAUGUGUACAACGCCUCGCACAAGUAGUAGAGUGCAUACAACGCUACUUUGCAAUGUCGGCUUUAGGAAGUGGAGAAAAAAUGCAGAAAUACCGAGAGCUUUUCAGCUUCAAAUCCGUAUACUGGGGGAAGGUGGAAUCAAGUUGUCCUUUGUAUAUACAGUCUAUGGUGCAGACAUAGAGUUUAGGUUGUAACAAUGACAAAUGCCAUAUUGGGCGACCUGAAAGAGCACACGAAAACUUUCCCUGACAUGAUUUUUGAAGGGCAGUCAUUGUACUUUAGUUUGUAUAUUUUUGUAUCAUCCUAAAGUACGAAUUAUCACCCUUUUUUUUUAACUGUUAACUGUUUUUAAACUGUACUCAUCUCUGCUGUAGGUCUGAUGCAGGAGGUGGGAAUGGGUUAAAGCAGUGGUCUGGUAGCCUUGAUGUGCCCUAUAUGAUUCCACUGGCCCAGGAGGGUUCUUCUUCUGACCGCCGAAGCUGCCCAUACAGCUCCCGUGCCAGACGCAGCAACAGCUCUGAGGCCUUGCUGGAUAGAUCAAGUCUCCCUGAUGAACCAGCUCCCAGAAAUGGCAUGCCCCCUAAAGGAGGGCCCUACAAAAGCUCAGAGACACUAACCGAUGGGAAAUUGCGACAGAUCCACUUGGGCAGCCCUGAGAGACAUAUUGGCGGCUCGGUGGAACAAGCCAAAAUGCGUCUAUCCAUGGGUGGCAGAGGAGCGGGUGGAGGCUACAAUGAGAUACUGAUGGACUACAUUUGGGGAAAGCAGCAGAGGAUGCAAGUGCAGCACCACCUUUAUCAGUCCACAGGCAGGAUCUGGCAGGACAUGUCGUCUCCUCGUUCUUCCACUGCUGCUGUGCCUCCCCACGCCAACGGCUUUUCUCAUUCCCAGGUGCAUCUCCCCAGUGCCGCGACUCCCUACAGCCCCAUGGUCCUGCGAGGGUCCCAAGCAGAGCUACGCAGGGUUAAAGUAACCAGAACCAAAUCUUGUGGACCUUUUAUUCCUUUGCAGCAACACACCCAGGAUGCCAUCCUGCUGUCAGCCUACGAGUCGCCCCUUCCUGCCUCUGGCACCACCACAUCUUCCAUCCCUAACCUUCACCCGUACCAGACUGAGCUGUCUGGCCCCUCAUUCAACCGCAGACCCCCACAGUUCUCUCUACCUACCCCUGAAGACUCGACGAGAAGCUUGCAUAAAGCGCUGGCUCUGGAGGGUCUGAGGGACUGGUACCUGAGGAAUGCCCUUGGAUAUCCUCCUGCCACCACAAAGGGUCAUGAGGCAGGAAUCUCUCGCCUCUCACACCCCCACCCUCUGGUGCACCAGGCUCAGUCAGUUCAAGGGGAAGCCACCAACCUCCACAGAUCUCAGAUACCCCAGUCAGCAAGCUUCCAUGGUCAUCCACUGCAUGGAAGGUGAAUUAUUUUUCUUACUUUGCUGGGACGUGUCCUCAGUUGGACACUCACGUUAUACCUGUACAUCGUUGAAACCUGCAGCCUUACGGUAUUUUCUGUUAGUCUAGCAGUAGAAAGAUUGCACUCUCAGUACAAAAAGAAACACAGUCACCCACAGAGUAUUUACCAUGCAGACUUGCCUUUAUAUUUUUUCCCAAGUCUUUCAGCAGACACACUGCUUUUACUCUCAGUUCUCAACAAAUCAGAUGUUUCCUCAGCUAAAUCGCCCUUUUUUUUUUACUCAUGGAUACCCUUCAGAGUCAGAGAGUCAGAGUCAUUUGUUUCGCCAUUUGCAGAAAAACCACAUUGGAAAGCAUUUGCGAGAGGACAAUAAAGACAGAUAGGGAAAAGUAGGUUACAUAGAAACAUAGAAUAAGGUGAGUUAGAAUUACAGUAAAGUAUAGAGGGACACUGCAAGUAAUAAUAAUAAUAAUGAUAAUACUAGUAUAUGAAAACUUCUAUUUGACACUAAGUGCUCAAACACGACAUGAAAUUAAGUACACCCCUGAGGCUAGAGUUUAUUCAGGCCGCGCACAGCACGCGUAAAAAAAACUAUCUGUAAACUGGGAGGUAGAGCAUUUGAUUGAGCAGUAUGAUCUACCGGAAGGGAGAAGAACAAAAGGCUAGAGGCAGGGUGACUGGUGUUGCUCACCAGUCAUCAGUGACUUAAACUUCUUUUAAGAGACAGCAUUCAAGUUUAUAUGAAACUGACGAACGGAAAGAUAUACUGCAAAGAUAUAUGAGGAGCGCCUGAUAUAGCUAAAGAGGCUUCCCCUUUCUUUAUUUUUAGCAGGGGUUAAAAUCUCUCCAGGCUGCUGUGUCAUGCACUGACCAUACUUCAUACUUUUUAUCUAAUUAAGAUCCCAUAUUAUCUCUGUGGUUUCCCCCUCAUUCAUUGCUUCUUGUUUGUGGGAUGCUGUAUUGAUUUCUCUUGCCUUCCCUUCAGGUCGAUGGAGUUCUCUCUCUAUCAGGAGACUCCUCAUCCACAGAUGCAAGACGCGACCCCAAAGGAACCCAGUGCAGACCCAGGAACCCUGGUCUGAUGCAGCAGAAGACACACACACACACACUCUAUAUAAGUGAAAACACUGUAGCCUCACACACAUAUUCCCACAGAGUCAGACACACACAGAAUACACAGACAAGUCGAUACAAUGUGACCUCAACAGCAAAGUGAAACAUGGCAACCUCAGCAGAAAGAGACUGGAGUAAAAGAACAAACUGUAGCUGUACAAUGUGAAAAAGCCUUUGGCAAGUUCCCUGUUGUUGCACCGGAUCCUACCAGUAUGUGAACCUCAAAGCCAGUGUUCUCAUGGAUGUGCAAUGGAGCUGACUUACUGAAGAACACUACAUUCAUACUGUACAAGGUUCAACACGAGCAUUAAAACCCCGAGAAGUCUACCAAGAUAUACUUUUUUACAGAAUAUAUAUACAACUCCAAAUCACUAUUUUGUAUCUUAUGAGAUAUAAAGAACAGUUAUAUUCGAGAGGUAAUUUAUUGCUCAUUAUACGUGAUACUCAAAGAUGUUAUAUGAGCUAAUACCAUUUUAAAAGUGAAACUACAUGCUGUUGAAUGUGUGUUUGUAAACUAUAUAAACCGCAAAAACAUGCGUCAGUCUUCAUCUGAUGUUAAUUUCACAGCCAUUUGUACUUUUCAUGUCUGAUAAACUGAAUGGGGGCCAUGAACUGUAGCAUACUGAGGUAGUAGCAGACAGGAGUGCCUAAAUGUUUGAAUAUCAAAAUUUUACCUUGGUCCGAAAAACUUUAAAGUGCUUUUUAGUGAUCUGAAAAUACUAGCAUUUGUGAGCUCUGGUGAGCCUAAUCUAAUGAAAAACCACGAGCAGGUCACGAUGUCACUAAAUUAGGGUAUUUGGAAUGAUGUCAAAUAUACGGUAUAUACAAUGACUUCUCAGUUUGUUUUCGAGAUGCAGCUGGUGCUAGCUCACUAAUGUAGCUUUGUCUGUGCUGACCUUGACAGAAACUUCAGAGCAGUUUAGGAAAAACCUGAGGGCUGUUUGGAGACCUACUGUAUGGCAGUAGCACAACUGUAUGACAAUAAUCGCAUAGUAUCAAAUCCUGUUUUCUGCAUUAAGUUGUGGAGGAUUUGAGUGUCAUAUGGAGCACUUUAUGAACAUCUUAAGCCUUAAAUCCCUUUGAAAUUGUCACCAAAAGAGAUGACAGAAAUAAGGAGGGUUUUUGACAGGGUUUGUAAUCUGGAGAUGUUUAGAAUAUGGUUUUUGUCGACAUCUAUUGAAGGUCUACUGAAGUGUUUAGUCUGUAUAUAGCGUGGGUUGUACUGAUAAGUCUCUAGCUGAUAUUUUAUUCCCAUACUACUAACAGUAUAAUUUUUGAACUAACCACACAAUAUGUAUUUAAUCAGGAGAAACUCCCCUACUCAUCCCACCCCUCAAUGAGCACUAUGAUUGGUUGUAUAAUGUGAGGUUGAUGGUGUGAACAGAAUGGGGCUGCUGUAGUUUUGAAUGAUGGUGUGAGCAGGUCUCAUACCAGUAAAUUUGUUAAUAAGAAUUCAUGCUUUCUGAACUUCGUAUUUGUAAUGAUUUCAGCUAAAUUUUGCUUGGUUUUGUGAAAAAGAAAAAAAUCAUUUUUGAAAUCCAGAGUAGCUCAGUGUCAUGAUGUAUUUCUUAGUUUGUCUCAGAUGUAUGAGAAUUCGGGGAUAAAAACUUAAUAGAAAUCAGAAAAAUGAUGGAAAUCCUGAAGAAAAUGAAAAUAUCUCUUUUUUUUUCAUUUUAUAUACUCUGUCUUUAGCCAUCUCGAGACUCAUAUGAAUGUACAUUUUUAUUUUACUCAUAAGCAAUGUUUUUUUUUCCUGUUCUGUAACAUAGUUAAGCAAACAGUGGAAUGUUUACCUGGUUUCUUCUGCUGUCUGACAUGUUCACAUCCUCUCAGUAUCCUGCUUCAUGCAGCCUCUCCCAGCUGGUUAAUUCCUGAAAUCUAAGACCAAACUGCUGUGCACUGGGGGUCAUAAAUGUAUUUUUCAUAUAAUGUACUCUGUGAUAAACUCUCGAUUGAAAAUAAAUGAUAUAAAUUUAGCUCUGAAGCAAAUUUAUUCAAACUAUAUUAUAUUUAUGAACAUAUAACUUUUUGUAGCUAUCCAGUGUAGCACUCAUCAGUGUGGGAAAUAGUGUGUUCAAACAUUUCAUUGAGCAGUGAUGUGCUAAUAUUUGAUUCUUUUUCUUUGGAUAUUUAAAUGCAGCUGUUUUCUCUAAUCCCUUCUCCUUUAUAACCAGGCCUGUGAGAAAAGACUUAAUGUGGCCUGUUCUAUACUGUAUGUAUGAGACUGUGCAUUCAUUCUACUUAAUAAAGUGUCAUGUUGAGAUCAACACAGAAUGGGUCAGACAUGCUUGUUCAUUGCAUGACAGCAGGCCUGCAAUAUUAAAAGUAGACUUGUUUUGCUUGGUUUAUUUGAAGCCCGUAACUUUUCUAUGUAUAAGUUUGUCUUAAAAGAGCCACACAUGGAAACAGAACUGUUUUUUCUUGGGUUGAACCACUCAAUAAAUUUCUGUUGGGACGUGCAACAAA